AUGUCCACAAGCAUGUCGCUAUUCACCGCACAGCUGCAUCCCGGGCGAGCCUUGGGCUUUCUAGUUCUCGGCGCUUCUCUCCAUGAUGUCCUGACCCGGCUUAAAGCUGAGCCGCAGCGGUUUCCCAAGAUGGACAUUGUGCACUCGACAGAAAGACCCGUCAAAGAUCCAGUCUGCAUCUUGCUGCCGCAAAAUGGCAUACGGCUCCGUUUUGAUGGCCCCGAGCAGCGGCUGCGGCUGAUCGAAAUUACCGACUUUACCAAGAAUCGCAUUACAUUCAAAGACCGCGACCUGGUGCGGCUUCCCAACAGCACCUCGGAUCCGGGGUCGCCUAUCCCUGGCGAGUCCUCUUCAGGCCCGACCUUUCGACACAUAUAUCAGCGCCUGCUAGGCCCGACCUAUGCCGGCGAGUUCAUCCCGUCGUCGAGCAACAGGCAGGGCAUGGGCAUCUACGUGCUGUCGUAUCCCGGAGUGGCUUUCAAUUUCCCCAUGGCAGCUUCCGCAUACUCCCCCGAUAAGGAUCUUGUUUCGCUGCUGUCAGCCUCGUCUAGCCAAGUUGCAACGUCCAUGGCCGUCUUCAGCGGAGAAUCUUGGGCCGAUGCUCGGCCCACGCUGUGGACGGAAGUGCUGCCCAGCGUCAAAUCGACUACUGUUUUUCCAAGGACCAAAGACGUUUAUCCUGAUGAGGUGUCACUAGUUCGAAUACAUGGAGGAGGCAGGCUGCAAAUGUUUCGCAAGUGGACCAAUAGCGGUUUUUGCAUCCAGCUGGGCCAGACUACCCCUCAGGACCUCGUUAUGGAGCUGGGGCCCCCAAACGCCAUCUACCGGAAGAAUGACGAGAAGAUGGAUGUUCACCAAGGACGGGUAGCAGGAACAGCGAGAGGCAGAAGCGACGGUGCUGAUGUGGGUCGCGCGGAGGAGAUGAUGACGGACACGGAUCAGUCGUCGAUGAAUACGGGCUCGGACGAUUCCGACGACGAGCGAGCCGUCAAUGAAGAGAGUGCAGUCAAUCCUUCGGGGGAAUGCUUUUACAACUACUUCUACAUGGGUUUUGAUGUGCUGCUUUCCAAGCCCACAGAGCCAUCCAAGGCCGCACCUGGCCAGUCAAACGGACUCUUGGAUCCCAUGGCGGUCAAGAUGCACCACGCCGAUCGGCUGGUAGCGACCAAGAUUGUGCUGCACGGAAACAUUCCCGGGUCGUACGAGUUUAACCGCCACAGGCGCUGUCGCUGGGAGAUUGUCUAUCCCGGCCGGGAGGACCAGGCGGUGACGUCGGAGAUGGAGUUUGAGCACGUCGAGGCGUUGAUGAACGAGACGUGGGCGAGCGAGCUUGUCAAGGGCAAGUCCCAGGCGCGGCAGCGGGGUAUGGUCCUUAAUCGGGGCUGGGGCAACAGUCCGGGCAGCAGCUGCGAGUUUCUGGGCGGAUGGGAAGAGAGCGGCGCACGGCGCGCCGAAACGAACAGUGAUUCGACGACGACGCUGUACGGGUUUCCGGGGCUGGUAUUUGAGGUGUUGAAGAAUGGAUACAUUAAUACGGUGACGAUUUUCUGA